AUGCCACAAUUCCGUGGCCAGGGCAAGAAAAGCAGGGAUAGCGACCUGAGAUCGCAAUUGGAAGAUAUGCAGAGACGAAUCGACCAUGAAACAGAAGAAGCAUUAUCCAAAAGAGACUCCAAAAAACACGCUCCGUUCUCCAAUAUCUUGAGUAAGAGGGAUAAGCGGAUGUCUAUGCCCGUUUUUGCAGGCAGUUCGACGCAUAAUAACGUUGUGAACAGUGAUUCCUCCAAAGAUGUCAACUUCAUGGUUGGGCUGAGCGAAAACCUCUUGAUGGAGUGCCGGCGUCUUCAGGCUGAGAACGAGAAGAAAUCGCUCAGACUAAAGUCUUUACAGCAGGAGUACGAAUCUUUGAAUUCCAAAUUCAACACUUUAUCUGCUAAAUUUCAAGGUACCCAGCAGGAAGGACUGUCUUUGAAAGACACGAACUGGGAGCUUGAAACGAAGCUGCAGGAAAUUACGGAGGAAUUGAAAGAGCUGAAGGACUCCUCUGAACGCACCAAGAAGGAAUUGCACUCAAAAAUGAGUAUGUGCAGGGAACUACAGAAUAAAUUUGACGAAACGAAUUUCGAAAAACAGGGCCUUGAAAUGCGGCUAGCAGAUACACAACAAGAAAGCGCUGCAGAUCUCGCGGGGCUCAAGAAAAACAUUUUAGAGCUCAAUGAGGAAAAUGACGAUCUUCAGCGCAAAGUAGAAGCGAUGUCCUCUGAAAUUCGUCACCUCACAGAGAAGCAUGAAAAAGCGAAAGAGCCUGAAAGUCUUCUUGCAAACAAGCCAGGAAGCUCGGGAUCCAGGGCUUUGAGUGGUGCUGGUUUAAACGAAACGCAGGUACCAAGCAAAGAACCUAUCGAUGGGAGACUAGCUGAAGCCCAUAUAGUCAUCGAAAAGCUAAAACAGCAGAUCUUCCACCUACAAAAGACGCAAAAGGUAAAUACGUCACAGGACAAAAUUUCGAAAGAGAAGGCAGUCAGAAAUAGGGAAUUUACAAGUGACGCAAUUAAUACAUCCUUCGGGAGUACACCGCAUUCAACAACUACCCCCGUCGACAACUCAAUUGACUCUAUUGAAGUUGACAGAUCUUUCAAUUACUCUUCUGAUAACGAUUCUGUUGGUGAUGUCACUGAUACCAUGGACGUCCCGCGCAACCCCAUUUUGGAUGAUCUGUCCUAUGAUGAGGGCCAUAGCUUGGAAAUCGAGGACGUAAAAAGAUUCGCAGAUUCUCAUGAUCUCGUUCUGCUUUCACAAAAAGAAUAUAAAUCUCUCCAACCUAUACAAAAGGGCAUCGAGAAAGAAGCCCUUGCUGGUAAGCACGCAGAGAGUCAAAAUAUCGAACCAAGUGAAGAAGUUAUGAUCGCUCGUCUCCAAAAAGAAAACUAUGUGAUUUAUGAUUCAGGAGCGCAUCGAGAAAUUGAAAGGAUACUUUCGCACUGGGAAUCACCUCCAAGUGAAUAUCUGGAGGAAAAAACCAUGAAACUAGGGAAGCAUAUUAUCAGUGCAGAAGAAUAUAAAUCUUUCAAGUCACCCACACUAGCCACUCUGAUUAAGCGAAUUGCUGAAUUUGACUAUAUCGCUCUGCCGACGAAUGAGCUUGAAACCUUGAGGGAGACUGCUGAAAAUCCUUCACAGGAGUUUCUAGAGCGAAACCUAAGCAAUCACAACAAAGUCACAGUUUCAAGCGAUUUGUACAAAGAACUUAUGGAGCCUUCGAUGGAUAGUCUGGUUUCACGGGCGAAAAAUGCUGGAUGCAAACUUAUUAACAGUCGCGAAUGGGAGUCUACGUUGGACUCUUUGGCGAACCCGACACUAGCCUAUUUGUCAGAGGCUGCUGAAGCGAGAGAACACACACUCAUCACUAAGGCAUCGCACGAAAACCUACUUCACCCUCCUUUAGCAGACGUCAGCCGACGUGCAGCUGAGCUCAAACAUGCCUUGUUAUCAGAGAAGGACUACGAAACUUUGAAUGCUACUGAUCGAGCUUCGGUCGAGGAAAAGGCCGGAUCCAUAGGAUUAGUUGUCCUUACUGAAAAAGAGCACAUGGAUCUUCUCCAGCCAACUCCAGAACAGCUUAACGAAAAGGUCGAAUCCAAUGGAUAUCACGUCAUUAAAGAUGAGCAGUACUGUACCUUGAUCAACCCCGAUGCGGAUUGCAUUGCGCAGAUGGCAGCAAAAUUCGAUCUCGAGUGCAUUGCGAGUCAGGAGAUCACUGAGCUUCGCCGAAGUUUCUCUGAUCCUGACGAUGCCUACUUAAAGGCAAAGGGGAUGGAGCGACACCUGAAAGUUCUUGAAGAGCAUGAGUACGAAAAACUAGUGGCUGAGUCGGAGCUUCCAGCGCUUGAAGCAAUCGAAAGAAGUAUCACGACACACUAUUUAGAACCUUUGCUUGAUUGGCUAAGGGAAGAGAUGAAUUUUUCCGUACUUAGAAGAGAGGAGUACGAAGAGCUACGGCGAAAAGCUGAAGACCCUUCAUAUGACGAAUUACAAAAAGUCACCCACAACAGAGGUCAAGUCAUGCUGACAGUUGACAGGUACGAAAAACUAUCACAUUCCUUUGAGCGGCCUGGUCUUGAUUUCUUGCAGAACCAUUGCAAAGCAUAUGAUAAAGUCAUUAUAGACCAAGAUAAAUGGUCGGACGUGAACACCAUGAUUGAACAUCCCACACUAAACUAUCUGGAAAAUCAUGCAAAAAACAAGGGCUUACACUUGUCUGAUUUCGAUUCUUUAACCACGCUGGAAAAUCAGAUCGAUAAACCCGGCAUUGAUUAUCUCAGCUCUAAAUGCAAAGCAUUAGAUUUCGAAAUGAUAAGCGCGAAAGAUCUUCAUGAACUCAGGAAGAACGCAGAGAAGCCAGAGAGGUCAUAUUUGGAUUCAAAGCUACAACUGUUUGGGUGUGUUUCCAUAGAUAGUGAUGAGCUUUCCCGGCUUCAGAGGCAGUUGCAAGUUCCUGAAAAAGCAUACCUGGAUGAAAAGCUGAAAUCUUUCGGGUACUUGGCAGUUGAUGAAACAGAAUUAUCAACAAUGAAGAAUCAAUUGGAAGACCUUUCUGCUAUGGAGAGCCAAUUAAAGAUGCCAAAAUUGCCUUAUUUGGAGGAUAGAGCCAAAGAACUAGGCUUUGUGAUAAUUCAGGGAAAGAUUUUAUCAGAUCUAUCUGCUUGUGUGGAAGACCCUGAAUUAUCGUUCUUAGAAGAAAAGCUUAAAAAAUUCAAUAUGGUUGCGGCGCAAAUCGUAAAAUCGGAGGACGGUCCUGAAAGCCUGGCAGGAUUCAUCGCUGUUAAAGAUGAGGAAUACCAAGCUAUGAUUCAAUCCUUUCACGAUCCUCCUCAGUCCUACCUUGAGUUAAAGUUGAAGAGUUUGGGCCUGGAGGCUGUUGACGCGAGUGAAUACUCGGAGCUGAAGAAUCUCCGAGAUCAUCCCAAGCAGAACUUUCUCGAAGAAAAGCUGGCAAAAUUCGGCUUGUUUGUUAUUCAAAGGGAGAUGUUCUCUCAGCUGAGCGUUAAUGGCGAAAAGGCAGAUCUGGAAUCACUAAGACAAGAGGCUAAAGUUCAUGGCCUUGCUAUGAUUGAUCAGGGUGAACUGGACGAAUUGAAAGAAGCUGUCACAUCCCCUCGCAUGUCGUUUCUCGAGGACCGCUUAAAUGGAAGGGGUCUCAUGUCUAUGAGCAAAAGUGAAUACAAAGAGUUGACGCAAGCCGCGAGUGUUCCAGAUAUGGCCGAAAUAACAACUAUUCUUGAAGAGCGUAACCUAAUCGCCGUUGAAGUUUCAGAGCACUCGAAGUUGAAAAAGCAUGUGGAAGUUCCUGAGUUGGUCUUUUUGAAGGAAAAACUAGAAGAGAAAGGUUUCACCGCUAUCAAAGAGAACGAACUUGAUGUGCUGAGAAAGAACGCCCUAAAUCCACCAACCUCUCUGAUGGAAGAGAGGCUAAAGGACUUAGGCUAUCAUGUCAUGACAGUUGCGGAGUAUAAACGAUUGGAAGAUUCGGUUGAGAAUCCAACCUUGACUUUUUUGCAUCAAAAAGCAAGUGACUUGGACUUAUUACUUGUACCUGAGGUUGAAAAUCGAAAAAUGGUUGAAAUGCUGAACGAGCCUCCUUUGGACUACAUACAAUCCAAAAUCAAAGGGUAUACUUUAUUACCUACUGAUGAAGUUACGCUGCUAAGGGCCACAGCAACUUCGCCUAGCCUGGAGUUCUUGACCUCUGAAAGUGAGAAAUGUGGUUACACUGUUAUCAAAACAACAGAAAAACAGGAGCUAAUAAACAAAGCGCAAAGUCCAUCACUGUCAGAAGUAAGAGGGUAUGCGAAAAAUCUCAAAGCUGUCGUGUUAACAGAUGAUGAAUUUCAAUCUAUGCAAGACAUUGUGAAAAACCCUUCAGAAAGCUUCAUUAGUGAAAAAGCGGCAGCUAUUGGUCUCACUGUUCUUUCUGAAAAUGAGUACACGACUAUUUUAGCUGCUUCCGAGCAGGAAGCAGCUCUGCAAAAAAUCGAAAAAUCAGGAAUGAAAGUGAUCCCGGAAGAAGAAUAUUUAAAACUCCGCGAUGGGGAUGUCAAUAAUGCGACAAUUGAAAAACUCGAAUCUCAACUAGCCAAAUUCGGGAACGCUAUGAUUAGUGUGACGGAUCUUGAGAACUUGAAACGCCCAUUACUCGAGAGAUUGGAUGACGCGCUUGUACUCGAAUUCUGUGAAAAACGUAAUUUGGUAAUGGUAUCGCAGCAGGAGCUUGCUUCUUUGAAAGAUGCUAUAUCAAAACCUUCUGAAAGUGUUGUUGAGGCUUGUGCUGCAAAGAGCGGCAAGGUCCUCCUUUCUCGGCAAGAGUUCGAUGUUCUUAAGGAAGAGGCGCAUUUACCGCCUCUAGAAACCCUCCAACGUGGAUCGGAAAAGCUAAAUUUAGUUCUCGUCGAUAAGUCAAUCUAUCAAAACAUGAUGGAUCGGCUUGCCAAUCCUUCCCUAGAGUGGUUAGAAGUUCAAGUGGGCGGAAUGGGCAAAAUUUUGUUAGACAAAGCACAUUACGACGAGCUUGCCGAAAUUAGCGAGAAUCCGUCGAUUGAAUACCUGGGAGGGAAAGUGGCUCAGCAGGACCAUUGUAUCCUAUCUUUGGUAGAACACCAGAAUUUGCGAAACCAGGGACAACACCCUGAUGAGAGCUAUAUUAAAGAAAAGGCUUCUGGAAUGGGGAUGGCUACCGUGGACGUAGCUGAACUCGAGGACUUGAAAAGGAGAGAAGCAUAUCCUGAACUUGACGAACUGGAGCUCAAAGUUCAAAAACUCGGAAAAGCAAUUGUCUCUAGAGAGCAGAUCGAUCUUUUGGAAAGCCCUUCCCCAGAGUACUUGAAAUGCGCUGCGGAGAAGAACGGUCUAGUCUUGGUAGAAAAUGACGAAUACACGGAGCUACGCUCAUUUGAGGACCGAAUUUCUACCGAAGACCUUGCCCGUAUUGCCUCGAGACUAUCAUGCUCAAUUCUGCCCAAUGCUGAUCUGGAAAAAAUGAGAAACAAUAUCAAAGAACCAUCUUUGGAGUUUCUCUCCAGCAAAGCUGCAUCUUACGAGAAGACAGUGAUUGAUACUGAAGAGUUACAUGCACUUAAAGAUGAUAGUAAGAAGUUGAGCGACCCUACGCCAGAGUUUGUGGCGCUCCUUGCGUCUGCGAUGGGUCACAUACUCAUCGAUAAGAUGGAAUGUGAGGAAAUGAGAGCAACAAUUGCAAAACCAGGACAGGACUACCUAAAUAUGAAGGCAAAUGACGUGGGGUUUGCAUUGGUAGACAAGGUUGUCUACGAAAAGCAAUUAUCUACACUUGACUCCCCGAGCAUCCACCAUUUGAAAGAGAAAGCAAAUAAGCUACAAUGCGAGGUUGUAUUGGCAUCAUUAUGGGAACAGUUCUCAACCACGGCCGAUAGGCCAACGCUUGAGUUUCUGGAAAAGAAGGUAGGCCUUUAUCCUGAUCACCUCAUUAUCUCAGUAGAGCGUCUAGAAGCACUGAAAUCUGCAGCCGGCGAAUCGUCAGGAAACAAAAAUUCCUUGGAUGGUCCUGAUAAUAGGGUGGUGGAAACAGCCCCUACACCGAACGUCCAAAUCAAGCCUCAAGAUGGCAACUUGAAUCUCAACGUCAGUGACAUAUACGAUGCAGCAAAGUCCUUUGGCCUGGCUGUAAUGCCCGCGCAGGAAUUAGAGUCCCUGUUGGAAAAGCUGGAGUCUGUGACGCAAGUAGCGUCUUCUAAAAAGCUUCCGCUAUCAGACCUACGGGAUACAUUUGGCAAUAGGUUACAAAAUGAUACUGCCUCUAGUAUUCGUUUGAGCCGGACUGUGACGGAUAGCAGCGAUUACUUUGACGCUUUACAGUCCGAACCGAAUGAUUCCAUAAUCAAUGGAGCUUUUGAUGUAAGCUCUGCGUACUACACCGACGCUUUGAGUAAUCCGCAGCUUUCCCGCGCCUCCACCCUCAGCAAAAAAGAUGAGGUCGAUUGCAUCUCAAAGAUCCACGAACAGGCAAGAUUAUUAGGUUUUGUUCUGGUGAAGGAAGAUGCUGUAGGUUUUGAAGAUCUGUCGAGCGUACAGGACAACACAUUUUGCCACGGAAGCGCUGCUCCCGCCAUCGAAGGAACAUCAAACCUUUUCGAUGCAGGCUCCUUCUCUGAUGAAGCGAGCACAAUGUCUAGCUCAGAGGAUGAAAAUGCUCUAAAGAAGCGGGCAGCUAAACUAGGACUGGUGAUUAUAACAGAGGAUGAACAUGCCCAGUUCAUGACGCUGAAGACCUUACAAACCGAAAAAGCCCGGCAAGAGUCAACCAGAGUUUCUGGACACGCCUCUGAAGAUGAUGGCUUGCUCGAACACGUUUACGAGACCCGUGCGAAUGUCGUUUCGAGUAUAGCGCAGUCUUCUAUCACUGGGGGGAAUCAUGAGCCUGAAUCGCAGGUAACCAAAAGCACCUCAGUUCAGACAGACGAAAAAGCCGGUUUGGGUUCUCGCUCGAUCCAUAUUACGCAUGAGACGGUUACUAAACAAGAUGAGCCUGCUUAUCGGGGUAUUGAAGAUAAUAUGUCGAAGAUACAAUCACACAACUCGUCUGACAGCCUUAAAGAGGGCAGCGUUGCCGGGAGCUCAAAAGAACGAGAAAACAGACAUUCAUACUCACCAAGUGUAAGCUACACCUGGAAAAAGGCUGAACUGAUUGAGAAAGCUCAUGAGUUCGGUCUAGUCUCUCUUGAGGCGGAACAGUUUGCGCUGAUAAAGGAAGAACUUGCAGCCGCGCCUAAAACCUUGACGUUAGAUGACCUAAUGAUCAAAGCAGCAGAAUUUGAUUUGGUCCCGAUACAGAAAAAACAAUUCGAGCAAAUCAAAGAUGAGCUUUCAAAUCCUUCAUUAACGAAGGAACAAGUCUUAGAAAAUGCUACAGUAUUUGGCCUAGUUGCUGUGGACAAGGAAGAAUUUGAAAGGUUGACGAGUAGGAAGAGUAGGAGCGAGGACGACGAGCUCACCUCUUCUGGCAUUGACGAAACGGAACUUUCUGAAGAUAAUGAAGAUAAGCUGCACCUUGAUGCGCUCGCCAAAAAGCUUGGUUUGAUGUGUGUUCCUGAAAGUGCGUUUGUCGCCACCACAAGUGCGGGCGGUAUGGAUCCACAGAACGUUGUGGUACUACCUUCAACGUAUUACGAUUACAUUCUUGCUAAAGACCAAGAAGGUCUGAAAAUGGCCACAAAUGAGGAGUUACAAAUGGAAGCAAAGAAGCGUGGUUUGGCCUUUAACGGGAAAAGCAGCUCUACUCAAUCACAUACAGAUGCGUCGCCACAACGAUUUAGAAUCAGCAGACAGUCGACGAUUCGCUCGAAUCUGUCAUCGGAAUCCAGCAAUAGACGGACUUUGGCCGAGGCAGCUGCAAAUGCUGCUUACAACGACUACGAUAUGGUUACCAUACGGUCGCGUGGUGGUCGCACCUCAAUGUCAUCUGGUCGUCAGCCUAUUUUGAGCGCCGAGGUCGGAGUGCCUCACAUUCGUCAGACUUCCUUCGACGGUGGCAUCUCACUGGCCACAGUUGCGUCACUAAGCGAACCAAGCAUUAUCCCUGCUCUUACGCAAACAGUCAUUGGGGAAUACCUCUACAAGUAUUACAGACGUCUUGGACCUAUAUCUAAUGUCAGCUCACGUCACGAAAGAUACUUUUGGGUGCAUCCGUAUACUCUGACGUUGUACUGGUCAACGAAUAACCCAGUUUUGGGAAAUCCUGCUACGAACAAGACCAGGGCCGCGGCCAUUCUUGGUGUCGAAAGCGUGGAUGAUCCUAAUCCUUAUCCCGUGGGAUUGUACCAUAAAAGCAUUGUCAUCAAAACCGAGACGCGAUCUGUUAAAAUCACAUGUGCUACGAGACAACGUCAUAACAUCUGGUUCAACUCCCUACGUUAUUUGAUACAGCGGAGCAUGGAUGGCAUUGAAUUGGACGACCCUGCGGCCGACUCAACUGACACAAACAAGAUUUACCAGCUUCCAGGCGAAACACCUCAACUCACCAACCAAAGGCUGUCUUCGACCCGACGUGGAUACUCUGCAGGCAGUGCAAAACGGUCCGCUUCCUCCAGGACUCUAAGACCAUAA